AUAACAACGCCGCAACUAACAACAUGGCGAUGAAUUUUACUGGAAUUUGAAAAAGAUUGUUGAUUAUUUUAGCAAUAAAUAUAUUUUUCGAAUAAAUCAAACUUUCUUAUGAAUACUAAGAAUAUUUAUGAUUAUCAUUAGAGUUUUUUAAUUUCGUUUAUCAAAUAUUAUACUCGUUAUGUCUACUUUGGAAGUUGACGAAAAAAUCAAAUGGUUAGAGGCAAGGAUAGCCUCUUCCCUGAAACCAAGGAAUGAAGAACUUAAAAAUAUGAUCGCUGAUGAUGAUAAUCGGUUAGCUUUCCAUACAUUUUUUACCAAUGAAGACAUCCGAAAACUAUUCGUAGUCACUAGGCCUAAUAAAAAAUUGAUAGCAUCUCUCAAUCCUCCAAAUUCUAUACAAAAUAAGGCAAUAUUUUUCCUGAAAGCUAGUACAGGCGUUACUAUUACAAAGCAUAAUUUAGAUAAUGAAAUAAUGUUUAUGGACUGCUCACCUAAUUCAUUGGAACAUGUCGAGAUGCUCUGCCGUGAAGUAUUUCUUCCACUGCUAUGUUCGGAUGCGAAAAAUGCUAACGAUCUUGGAGUUAAUGCUGAUAAACUAUUAGAUGUGCUUCAUAGGCUUAUGGCUCAUGUUGAAAUAGCCCAAGGCCAUUCGUUGGGUGAAAUCUAUCUACCAUUGCCAUCCAUAUCCGUUCUUCAAGAGGCGGCGGCAAAUCCGAAUAGAAGACUGGCUGUUAUCCAUGUAUUAGAAUCCACAGUUAUACUCUGGAUGAAACAAAUUCAUGCUGUAUUGAAGCAAGAUGCAGUCAUGGAGGUAAGCUCAAAGCAUAACUUACCAACAAUUCUUGAUGAGAUUAGAUUUUGGCAAAAUAAAUUACGUCUCCUGCAAUCAAUAAAUGACCAACUAAAAGGAUCAAUGGGUGUGGACAUUCUUCAUAAUCUUUUCCAAGCCCAGAGCGUUUACGCACACUCCUUUGCUGGAGUUCAAGAGGAAAUGGAAGGGCACUUUCAUUUUGUUACAGAAAAUCUAACUCUACUCCACACCAUAAAACGUUGGGUGCUUGAACUCGAUUCUUGUGAAAAUGUGGAUCGAUUAAUGAAAUUGGCGGCACCCUCAAUGCAUGUUCUUUUGUUAAUUUGGCAAAACUCGCCCUACUACCAUGCCCCCGAAAGACUCCAGCAUUUGCUAACUCUAAUCUCUAAUCAUGUUGUUAUUAGGGCUAGAUGUAUCGUUGGGCAAGAAGUUCUUAAGGAUCCUGUUACAUCUCAUUCCAAGUUGAGCUCUGCCCUUCGCGUCUGUGCUUCCUGGAGAGGUAAAUACCUAGAUGAGAGGGACCGAGCACAUGAAAUAAAUGAACGAAACAAACUACAAAGAAAAGACGAUUACGUAUUCAGACCAUCCCUAUCUAGUGGCCUCUUUACAACCAAGAUGUACGGACCACAUGCUUAUAAACCAAGCUUCAAUAGCGGAAGAGAGGAAAAAUCAAAAACAGGAGACAAUGAUACAAAAUCGGACUCUCCUUGGCCGCCAAGAAACGCCCCAUGCUUCUCCAAUCUCAACGCUUUCAUGGAAAGAUGUAAUGACGUGCUCGAAUUGGUUCAAACAACAAGACAUUUCUCACUUUUAGCUGAUGCUGCCAAAGUUGGAGGUGCCGGAAGUAGGUCUCUGGACGCACUCGUUAAAGAAAUACAUGAGAGAUAUGUCGAAUCAACCAACGAGUUCUUCUCAAAAGUCGACGAUGUUCUUGAUACUUUUUCACCAACAUUCAACAAAGCUUUCUUCCAUUUACGAAUGAGCGUUAGAGAUCUAGAGAGAAAAUUAGCCAGUGUUCUUCGAUCAGCCUUCUUACACUGCCCCACUUUAUACGCUCAACUGAGAUUAUUAGAAGUAUUUGAAGGAGUUAGUGAAAGAGAACACGUUCGACUAGAAUUGAAAGAUAAAGAUGAAACACUUGCAAGAAGUUUAACAGAUGAAUUAAUUAAUGUGAAAGAAAUGUUCCAAGCUAACAAAGAUAAUCCUCCUCAGCAUGUUAACACGCCUAAAACCUCUUCAAGUUUACUCUGGGCAUGGGCUAUUAGGCAGAGAAUUCAAGAACCAAUGUCGAGAAUGCGUCGUGUAUGCUCUCAUGUCUUAAAUGGAGAUUCGGGAUGGGCUUUGCGUGACGCUUAUAAUGAUCUUAUCAAUGAUAUUGAGAAAUAUGAAGCAGAUACUGCAAAAGAUUGGGAGGAACGUAUUUCCAAGGAAUUAGCUGAACGCCUUCGCGAACCACUUCUCCGUACCGACCCAUUUGAAGAUGAUGAAUUAGAUCGACCAUUAAUGAUUCAUGUAAAUCUUGAUCCUACAUUGUUAAAAUUGUUGAGAGAAGUUAAACAUCUGACUAGUAGUCCAUUAGAUCUAAAGAUACCAAGACAUAUACGUCAUCUUGUUAGAGAUGUUGACGCAUCUGAACUAUCUUUAACAGCCACAAGACUACAUACCAUUUCAUCAAAGUAUAAUUCUGCCAUGAAAAUGUUGACACCCCAAACAAAAUCUUUGAUGGAGAGGACAUUAACGAAAAUUGAUGGAAUCCUUGAAGACGGUCUUCAUUCGUAUACUUGGAGGACAGUUCAGAGUGCCGAUUAUAUUGAAGAUGCAACUAGCCUCGUUUGUCAUCAAUUUCAUGAUGUUUUGGAUAUAGUUGAGAGCAACUAUGAAGCUGUCAUCGACAUAACCACCAGUUGGCUUGGAUUAUCUUUAGAUGUUUUUAGUGAUAGAGAUCCUGAAGCUUUAAGUGUCGAUUAUCUUGUUUCUAAACAAUCCCAUAUAAGCGAUUCUGCAAGGAGUUCUAUAGUUACCGGAGGUAUGAAAAUUCAUGCCCUUCUUAAAGAAUCAUUUGAAGUAGUUCAAAUAAGCGAAGCGUCUCCCGCGUGGCAAGCUUACGUUGAUUUUAUAGAUACUCAGGUACUUAACGGACUAAAAGCUGCAUGUGAUUGUAGCAUUAAAGCCAUGAUUACUGAAUUUGCAAUGUGCUGUGAACCUGAUGUUAUAGGAGCUCCAGUUAUAUCUAUCAGAUUAGAAUUAAUUGAUAAUCAGGUAGCUUUUAGACCUCCUUUGGAUGUUGCAACUGCUUCAAAAAGUGUGCCUGAAACAAUAAACUCUUGGAUUGAAUCCUACCUAGAAAGAGGAUCAUACGUUUACAUGCUUAGUGACCGAGAACAUACAUUUGAAGACUUUAUAAGACACGAUUCGGAUCUGCAAAGUAAGAUAAGUCAAAUUAAGAGAAUUGUUAGAGACAACUGCGAUGAAUGCUCAAAAUUGCAAGCAACAUUCAAUCAGUUUUCGUUCCUUUGGAUGCAAGACGUUCAUGAAACGUUCAAGGAAUUCCUAAAAGGAGACAUUCAUCCAAAUGUUAGGAGGGAAGGUUCGGCAAGAAGAGUACUUUCAGCAUCUAGUUCGGUGAGACUUGCAGUAAGAUCAACAUCGUCAACUUCUUCUAUUGUCGAGUCAGGUCUUAUAGGUACAGGAGAACAAGCUUUCUUAUCAAAAGAUAAUCCUCAAGUGCCAACUUUGGAUCAGUUUGAUACUGAGAUAGAUAUGCAUAGAACAGCCAAGGAUGAAAUUUCUAGAAUAUCUGAUAGCGAAUCUAUCGGAUUCAUAGAAGUUGACAUGAGACCUAUAAAACAAGUCUUGUUAACACUAGCAUCAAAAUGGAUGUGGAUUUUUGUUUCUUAUCUCGUCAAUCAGGUGUCAACUAUGCUAAUGGAACUGGAUGAAUGGCUAUGUAGGAUAGAGCCAGAAAUUGAAGCAAUUUCGGGCGAAGAAUCGGACACAAACUCUUUUAUGAAACUAAUGAGAUUGUUCAAUAGCGUUGCAGCAAAACAGGCAGAUAUGGAUGCAAAAUUUGCAGCAAUGCAUAGAACCGUUUUAUUGGUGAAAAAGUAUGGUUAUCAUCUACCGAAACCAACUUUUGACUUGUUUGAGGCAGCACCAUCUCGUUGGGCCAGCCUGAAGACGAAAGUUUCUCUGGCCAAACAAAGACUUGGACCAAGAAUUCAACAGCAAUCUACAAUCAUUACGGAAGACUUAAAUGUUUUCUCUGAAAAGCUAAAAAGUCUCCAAAGAGAUAUUUUAGCAAGUGACGUCUAUCAUCGAGAAAUUCACUUUGAUGAUGCUUUGAAAACUGUUGAUAGAUUAACUAUGAGAGCGGAUCUCUUAGAAAAAGAAGCAUCCGAUCUGCAGGAAUUGCAGCAAUUACUUGAAAGUGAUGUUGUAAAUUUUCAAAUAAUACCGAACUGUUCUACCUUAUUAAAUAACUUGAGAAUUGUAUGGAAAAGGGUAAAAAGUAUUGAAGAAGAGCAAAAUGAAUGGAAAAAAUUACGUUGGACUAAAGUUGAUACUCAACUAUUGCAUAAUGAAAUUACUAAACAAAUGGAACUUAUUCACAAUUUACCUGAUGAUGUGUUUGCCUGGGACGUUUAUGUGGGGCUUCACGAAAAUGUUUCAAAUGUUCAUGCCGGUCUCCCACUUGUUGAACUAUUAGGCAAUCCAGCUAUGAGAACUAGACAUUGGAAACAACUUGUUCGAGUUACAGGAGGAGCUCUUCAUGUUGACAAUGAAAAAUUGAAGAAAAUGACAUUUGGUGAAUUGUUAGGUAUGAAUUUACACAGACAUUCAGAAGAUGUUCGUGCUAUUGUCCAAAGAGCUGUGAAAGAUCUCACAGUUGAGAAGACAUUGAAAACGUAUGAGGAAAUUUGGUUAGGUAAAUUAUUAGAAUUAAAAGAACAUGCUAGAAAUCGAGCACUUAUUGCUCAUUAUGAAUCGUCGACCAAAGAAUCUAAUAAUAGAGAAGGUGAUACUUUUAGUGAAGUUUCACAACCUGAGAGAGGAUCAAGACAAUAUUCACGAAUGUCUGGUACAACAGCCUCUAGAAUGCGAAAGGCUUCUGUAUCAUCUUUACCUGCUUCUAUGCUAAAUGUUGACGAUACUGGAGCUGUAUACUUACUCACCAAUACUGAUCCAAUACUAGAUGAAUUGGAAAAUCAUCAAGUGUCUUUACAAGCUAUGCAAACAUCCUCUGCUGCUGGUAGCUUUCUUGAUGAGGUCCUCAAGUGGCAACGCCGCCUUCAUACAAUUGAAUCGGUACUUUCUGAUUGGCUAAAAGCCCAAAAAUACUGGGUCGAAUUGGAGGAAGCUUAUUCCUCUCAAGAUGUUCGAACUGCUUUACCGACUGAUUCAGCACAUUUCGCAACAGCAAGUAAAGAUUUUAGAUUAUUGAUGAAAGCAACGGAAAAGAAUUCGAAUGUCUUACAAUGUUGCGAACGUAAACAUGUUGCAAGCUUACUUGAAAGGCUUGUUAACACUUUUGAAAAAUGCUAUAACGCUCUGUUGAGACAUAUCGAGAGGAGGCGUCAAAAAUUUCCAAGGUUUUUUUUCCUUUCUCUUCCGGAUGUCUUUCAUAUUGUUGCCAAUGGUUAUGAUGUUUCCGAAGCUGCUAAAUAUCUUAACAAACUAUUUGAAGGAAUUGGUGGAAUUGAACACGAAAUUCUUACAGAUGAAGAUAAAUUUGGAUCGAAAAUAACGUCUGUUUUAUCUGCUCUUGGUGAGCGCUUACCCAUAGAAAAACCAGUUUUAACUGAUUCUCCAGUUGAAACUUGGUUACUACAAUUAUUUAAGGGAAUGAGAAAGAGUCUUGUUGGCCAAAUGGUUACAGCUCUUCAACUGGAACCAAUUCCAGAAUUUAGACGAAUUAGACCUAAGAAAAAGAAAAUAAUUCAAACAGUGCCACCUCCAGCCAUUGGCAGAUCGAGUACUGCUGGAAGAGCAAGUACGGCAGCGGGAAGGAAGACUCCCGCAACUGGUCAAAAAACUCCAACAACUGGUCAAAAGACUCCUGCCAUUGAGGAAAAAGAAGAAGAACCAGAAGUAGAAGAGGCUGGUUCUUUGUUACUAAAUCAUGUUACAGAAAUUAUAUACCUCUCCAAGUUGAUAGAAUUAUCUCAAUCAGCCACCGAAACUGUGGAGAAUUUGGACGGAGGUAAACCGGAUAGUAUUGAUGAAUCUUUAACUUUAGUUGAAGAGAAUAUCCGCCACACUGUUCUUAUGCUUAAGGGAGCGGAAGGUGAAGAAGAGAGAGCUAAAAGGGAGCAGGAAGAGGCUAAAGAUCAAGAAGAAAAGCAGGAAGAAAAUGAAGAAAAAGAAGAUCCAGAAGGUGAAGAAAAGUCUAAAAAGUCGCCUGAAAAAGGCGAAACAACUAUGACUCUUACAGCAUUAGAACCUCCUCUUAUUUCUGAAAAGGACAACGAGGAAGAAGAGGAAGUUAUUGAUGAUAAAGAAAUUAAAUUAAUGCUAUUGCCAGCUCAGUUACAUAAAAUUCAGUCCAUAAUUGCUUUAUUAACUCAUCAUAAAAAUCUCCUUGAAAGAAUAAAAGAAGAACAAAAAGCAGGAAACUCAAAUAUAAAUAACUCUUUCCUUUGGACAUCUCAAUUCUUGUAUUCCUUCAACGAAGGAAACCGUUCAGUUGUCAUUAGAGUUCACGAUGUUGAAUUAGAAUAUGGAUUUGAAUACAUGGGCUCAGCUCAAAGGCAAAUUUUAACUCCUCACACCGAGAGGGUGUUUCUUCAUAUGGCUCAAGCCAUAGCAGGGCAACUUGGUGGACUGUUAAUUGGUGAAGAGGGGUCCGGAAAGCUAGAAACAGUUACGGAAUUGGCAAGAUCUCUUGGCAGACCUCUUUAUGUUAUGAGUUGUUGUUCAGACACCACUUCUGCUCUGUUAUAUAAUGUUUUCAAGGGUUUUUGUGGUGCAGGAGCGUGGAUGGCUUGGAAUAAAAUCAAUCUUAUACCUGUUCCCGUUCUAGCAACGUUUGCCCAGUUACUUGAUGCUAUAAGAGAAGCAUACAAAGAGGAAAAGUCAAGUGUCCACAUUGAAUCAAUGGAUGUACCAUUUAAUAAACUAGGAGCAUGCUUCGCUCUUAUGGACACAAAAAAAGUAUUCGACAAAUCAUCUGUUCUUGGUCUACCACCUGGAAAAAAUAUUUCAGCUCCAAAAGUUGUUCCACUUCCAGCUGAGCUUUUGGAUCAUUUUAGAGUGGUAUCACUUGUUCCGCCAAAUCUACGACUAUACACAGAAGUUCUUUUAACAUCUCAGGGUUUUGAAAAUGCCUCGCAAUUGGCGAGAAAGACAACCAAUCUAUUAGAACUGAUAAGAGACUUAAUAGAUGAUAUUAGACCGUCACAGCUAGCUCUGAAAGCAAUAGCUAUGGAAGCAGGUAUCUUGUUGGAAGAGUUUAACGGAGAAGAUGAAGAUGAGGCAAUAGUAAUUGCAAUAAGAAACUCAUUUAUGCCUUGUAUUGACAAUGAAAAGAAUACACUCAUGCUCAUACGAUUGAUCAAUGACAUGUGGCCCAAUAACAAAGUUCCUUUAAUCUUUACUGGAGCAAGAGAACCCUCUCCCGAGGCAGAUAUUUUAAGGGUAUCGACAGCUGGUAGCGUAAUUCAGAUAAAUACUCCAAUAGUUGGAGCAAUAAAUGAAAAUCGAGACCCAAUAGAGAAGAUUGAAGAUGCUAUAGCUCUGUCCACCAUUGGUUUAGGGCUUGUGUCUGGUUCAUCUUUCGAAGCUAGAGUUCUACAGUUAGCUCAAUUAUCAAUUGGUAGAAGAACUCUGGUUGUUACUGGAAGCGCUGGCUGCGGUAAAUCAGAAAUCAUCAAAACGUGGGCGCUGGCUGAAAGAGAUAGAGGAAAGAUUGUUAAUAUCCAAAGUGUUUUUACAAAAGCUUUACCAGACCCAAGACAAUUAUUGGGAUAUUUUGACAAAGGGAUAUGGAAAGACGGUCUACUAGCCUCUUUAUUGCGAAAAGUUUCAUCUCAAAUACCUCCAGCCUCAGAAGUUGACCUUUUGAAAGAAGCGUCUAUUGAAAUUGUACAAUUGGACGGAGAUAUGACAACCAAUCAAGUUGAAUUGAUAACAAACGUUCUUCAAAGUGAUUCUACAGUCGUGUUUGCUAAUAAUGAAAGAAUAGUAACACCUCAUACUUUACGCUUUGUCUGGGAGACAACAUCUCUUGAAUCUGUUACCCCAGCUCUACUUGCUCAUGUAGGUAUUGUAUCGGUUGGUGAUGAGGAUAUUGGAUGGCGCUUACCUCUAACGAAUUGGUUAAAUAGACGUUCAGAUGGGGCGGAGAGAAGGAUUUUGAACAAUCUAUGCGACAUCUACCUCCCUAUAGUUCUAGAAGUCAUUCGCGAGGGUACUCGACCGGAGAUGUUAGGAAAGAGAAUAUCAGAUGAUGUUCCAAGGCUCAAGACCAGCGUCACCCUGAAUACUUUGGGCGUAAUUCAUACUUUUACGACCCUAUUGGAUGCCCUUGCAAAUCCUCUCGGAGGACUAGGUCAAAUGAGUGACACGGAAGUUGAAAGAUGCUUCAUUUGGGCAUUAAUCUGGGCAGUAGGAGGAACAGUUGAAAAUCGCAAGGUUUUAUCCUACUGGUGGAGAAAAACGUUUCCAUUAUCAGAUAUGCCAGAAGAAGAUACGAUUUUUGAUUACACAAUAGACGGUGAAACGAGAGAUUGGGUUCACUGGAAACAAUUUAUAUCCGCUUAUAGUGGACCGAAUCAAGAAGGUAUCCCGUUUGAUUCCUUCGUUCCAAGUAUUAGAACAACACAGGUCUUGCAUCUACUAAAUUUAUUCAGCGAUGCAUCCAAAUCAGUAUUACUAACUGGUGCAAAUGGCGCCGGAAAAACUUCAAUAGUAAAUGAAAGAAUAAGAACAGCGUGCUCUGGAGAAGUAGCCGAACUCUCCUCUUUAACAAUAAAUUGUAACAUAUUGAGCGAUUCAGAAAUAUUAACAAGAACCUUAUAUGAACACCUUAUAUAUGGUUACGGAACCGACAGUUUAACGAACGCUACAGUUCUUAACGAUCGUCUUGCUGAAAGAGUUGAAUGGCGACAUGGCAGGACUUACGUUCCCAGGGCCAAUAAACGACUUAUGUUAUUUGUUGAUGAUCUGCAUGCUACUGGAUCGGCUGCCGAACUUAUUAGACAGCAUAUUGAUGAUGGAGGUUUUUAUGAACCUUCUAAUUUGAUUUGGAGAUAUGUUAAAAACGUUUUAUAUGUUGCUUGUUUAACUCCCGGAGAAGUCCUGUCGCCAAGAUUGUUACGUCAUUUUGCCGUGCUACAUGUACCUACACCAGAAUUAGAUGAGCUACAAACCAUUUUCUCGACGUUACUGAAUGCUCACUUUACUCAGCUCGGUAAACCAAAUUUAGAGGAAGAACAGCAUUAUGCAAACAGAGAUGAACAGGACAAAUUAUCAGCAUCAAUAGAAAAAAUGAUUAAAGUCAGCUGUGAACUUCAAGAUAAGCUAUCGAAGAUGUUUUUGCCAACGGCUGAAAGAAUUCACUACAUUUGGAACUUACGACACCUUGCAAACGUUUUCAGGAAUGUAUGUUUGUCAGUUAGGUCGGGAGAUCCACUUGAGGACGUUUUACUGUUAUGGCGUCAUGAAUGUUGGAAUGCCUAUUCUUCGAGAAUGAUCAAUGAUGUUGAUGUUGGACGCUAUGUUGAGGCUUGGACAACUGGAGUUAGAAAGUAUUUUGAUGAUCCUCAUAGUUUACGCAUAUUAACAACCGAAGAGAAUGCAGUAUUUUCAAAUAUAGUUGAACAUGAUUCAGGAAUCGUUAUGGCAGGACCUUCAAUACCUACUAGAAAAGAUUACUACAAGAAAAUAGAGAAAAUUGGCCGUGUAAGAAAUCUACUCCAACAUGCUAUUGACGAAUAUAAUAAAAAUCAGCCAAGACUUUCUCUUCGAUUAUACAAAGUUGCCAUUGAAAUCGUUUGCAGAUGGGCCAGAUUAUUGGCAGUUGAACACUCGCACAUGCUAGUCUUGGCUGACGGCUGCGCUGGUAGAACCAAUGGUUUAAUAGAACUCGCUUCAUAUUUAGCUGGCUACAACACAACCACCAUAAUGCCAUCUAAUGUUCUUCACUCUUGUAAAUAUUCUCUUGAAUCGUUUAAAAAUGAUCUUGUUGAUUUCUACACUCGAGCUGGAGUUCGUGGUGAAAAGUUGGUUCUUAUCCUAAAUCAGCAUGAUAUAGUAGAUGAGGAUAUGAUUGUAUUAGUUUGCGAACUAGUCGUUCAUGGAGAAAUGUCUCACUUAUUUAAUAAAGAACAUGUGACCACAAUUAUUAAUUCUGUCAGAACGGACGUUACGCAAGCUGGUUUGACUUAUACCCAUCAGGUGGCCUGGCAGCAUUUUUUGAAAACUGUGCAAAAGAAUGUUAGGAUAUGUGUUGUACUCGAUGAUAUGAAAUCUAUAAACCCAAACUAUGUUAGUCUGAUGGCACAACAUAUGAACGUCUCUUGGCUUUCUCAUUGGAACAAGAAGCUUUUGGUAAAGCAUGCUUGUACUUGGUUACAAUCCUUGAGUGAAUUUGAAGAUAAAAAGUCAAGGGAUAAUAUUGCUCACCUUUUGGCACAUAUGCACUUAAGCAUAAGAAUGCAAGAUGGUGCUGAGAAAACCCGAGGAAGUCAUGGAAAUUUAACUAAUUUAACUUUUGAAAGAUUCGUUGAACGAUACACAACUAUGGCCAAAGAAAGGCAUGAAAGUGUCGAAAAAGAGCAUAUGAUGCAAUUAGAUAUUAUGAGACAGGUUCAGGCUGAAAAUUCUACAGCAAAAUUAAUUAGGAAACAAUUGGAUCAUGAAAAGAAUGUUUUGCAAGAGAGAAAUGCAGGAGCAAUUAGGCUCCUCGUUCAAAUAGGACAAGAUACAGCUAUUACUGAGCAACAAGUUCGUAUAGUUAAAGCUCAGAUAAGAAAGAUGGAUAGACUGAAAAAACUUUUACCUGAAUACCAAGUAGCUCACGAACGAGCUGUUUAUAAGGCUGUAGCUAUUGUAAGCGAUACGAAAAAGCUAGUUAAAAGCAUCUCAAAGGAGUCACUUUCAGAGCUCAGGUCACAAAAUAAGCCUAUAACGGAAGUUGAGGAUUUAUUAGCCAAUAUUAUAACCCUUUUAAAAUCUCCAUCGGCAGAUUUAACAUGGUCUAGAGGUGCAAAGAGACUUAUGGCCAACCUUGACAGAUUUUUGGACGAGCUACAAACAUUUGAUGAAAGAAGCUUACCGGAGGAGACUCUAAUACAGGUUGAGGAUUUCCUUAAGAGGCCUACUCAAGACCCUGAAGCUGUUCGGUCCAAAACUAAUAACGAAGCUUGCUAUUCUUUAGCCAAAUGGGUGAGCUGGGUUUGUAGAUAUCAUAGAAUUAUGAUAUCAAGAGUGCGACCACUUCAUGAACGAGUUGAAAAAACUGCUGCAGCUGUUGAGGAAGCCCAAUUAAAAAUGAAAUCUCUCGAAAAGAAGAGGUCAGAACUAGAGAAACGUUUGACAGAUCUCGCAAAAGGUUUUGAGGAAUCUACAGUAGAUAAAAAUGAGCAACAAAAUAAAACAAUUGGAAUGGGCGUUACACUGGAAACCGCAGGUGAACUAAAAAAGGUUCUAAAACGAGAAAGGCGAAGGAUUGAACAAAUUGUUGAAUCCUUUAUUGCAAGAAAAGCAUCGGUAACCGGAGGAUGCUGUAUUGCUUCAGCAUUUGCUUCUUAUUUAGCUCCCUACUCCCACUCUUUCAGACGAUCUAUGUUAACUAUAAAUUGGCCAAUAUGUUUAAGAGAAAGGGGUAUUCCAUUAGUGAUAGAUUCCAUCGAUGAGAUGAAAGGAAGAGUUGUUGAUUGGUCCGUUGAAGCUCUCAAAUGUGGUCCUGGAGGUUCAGGAAUCGAUAUCGUGACUGAAGAGAGUAGCACAGAUGAAGAGAGAAUUGGACAGCUACCACCAAGGGAAGAAUACGAAUUGGAUGAACUUGCAGAGCACGAGAGAGUCUUACUUGGUGCUGAUAAUGAUGAAGAUAUAGAGGAGAGUGAAAAUGACGAAGAGAAAGAAGGUCUUAGAAUUGAUGAAGAAGAGGAAGAGGAAGAAGAAGAAGAAGAAGAAGAAGAAGCUGAAGAAAUUCAGAGAGAAAUUCAUAAUGAAAAUGAACAAGAUGAAGAAAGUCAAGAGCAAGAAGGACUUGCUGAAGAGGAGGAUAUAUUCGAAGACGAUGAAACGGCAGAAAGCCUAGGCACAUUAGACGAAGGUCAGAUGUUACGCGAUGCUAUUCAAAUUGAUGUGGUGAAUGACGAAGAAUACAGCAAAUAUAUUAAUAGCAUAGUUAAGCUUCUGGUCGGGGAGAGAAUUCUUCAUGAGUGGCAAGCUCACGAUUUAAGUCUAUCCUUAAUGGAAAAUGCUGCUAUUAUUGUUACUAGUUGGCAAAGACCUCCAAUUUUAAAUGACCCUUUUGAUGAAGGAAUCACUUAUAUUAGUUGGUUGGUAAGGAAAACAUUCGAGAGGCCAAUGACUAUUGUUGAUAUGUUUCAUCGAGGAGAUUCAUCUGUUGGGCAAAAUCUUGAAAAAUCCAUUCUGAAAGGUCACACCUUCAUUGCUAACAAUUGUAGAACUGGUAGCUUGGACUCUGUUCUCUAUUCUUCUAUUUUGCAUUCUAACAGCACUAAACUAGAAGAAGAUUCGCCCAGAGUUAUUAAACACUUAGGGAGACGAUUGUUAGCCAAACCAACUUUUAAAUUAAUUAUGGCGUCACAUGAAAAACAGUUUAAACUCUGCCCGACGCUAGCAUCACUUACCCUCCCAGUAAGCUUUGUGCCCACUUCACAAUCCUUAUUGGAUGAUUUGACCGUACGAGCAUUGGCCAGAAUAAAGCCUGAGUUAUACAGAGAGAGAAGGAAGGCACUUUCUGAGUUGUAUAAAAACAGAUUAUCAAUGAGAGAAUUAAUGAAUGAACUCCGACAAAGGUUAGGUAAAGAAACAAUCAAGCCAACAGAUGUUUCAUCUAUUGCCGAUCUUACUGAAAAGAAAGUAGUUUUAGCUGAAAGAGAAGCAAAAAUUCGACAAGUUUUGGAUAAACUAAGUAGUUUACAAAUCUCAGUAGCGCCAUUAGCACAACGAAGUUUGCUGCUGUACAACGCUAUUCGUUCCUUGUCGACUAUAAACCAUAACUAUCGAUUCACUCUAUCGUUUUUUCUGAGAAUGUUUGAUGCUUCAGUAGGCACUGAUCUUCCUCCGGAAUUUGGCAUGUUAGAUGAUAUUAGUGAGAUUGCAACAAGUUCAGAUUCAAAUUUGGCUCCCCCACCUGCACACGAAGAAUUAAGCUCUAAAAAUGGAGAAGAGGAAGAAAAUCCAAAAGCGGAUGUAGAAGAAGAAGAAAAGCCAGCAGAAGAAGCAUCUGAGACAGCACCACCAGAAUCCCCAAGAAAAUCGGAAACGGCUUCUUUCGAACUUCCAACAGAAGUAGAAUUACCAACUGAAGGAAUUACUUAUGAACCCGUAUCUGAAGAGGCCAUAAAACAAGCUAUUGAUACUUUAACAGGUAAUGUUAUCAGUAAACUGGAGCAAUGCGUCCUUAAGGAAGAUCGGUUGGCAGUGAUAUCAAUGCUAAUGCUACUAGUCCGGCAUGACUCGCAAAAGGAGCUAAGCGAGGAAGAAUUUUCGUUGCUCCGUCAAGGAAAUCCGGGAAUAGAUGUACAAUUGACAUUAGCGGAUUUCAAUAGUUCAGACAAGACACCUGAAUACAUACCAUAUGCUAAGUGGCAAGAUAUUAUGGCUCUAUCAGUACUCCCCGGGCCACUUGACAGUUUCUGUACCAAAAUUGCAGAAAACGAAGAUUGGAAAGCAUGGUAUGAAGCACAAAAACCGGAAGAACAAUUUCCUAUUGAGUUGGACGAGUGGCGAAAACUUUUGAUAUUACGGUUAUUAAGAGCAGAUAGAAUGCCAGUUGCCCUAACUAGUUAUAUUAAAGAGCAUAUGGACGAUUCAGGAGUAUUAGGAGGGGAUCUUGUUCAAGCCAUUACAAGUAUUGAUCUAGGUUUAUGUGGUAAUUUAAUUUUAACUGAAUUAAAUAUGAAUAUCGAUGUUCACGUGACAUUGAAAAAAUUAGCUGAAGUUAUGGGUAUUGAAUUAAAAACUAUCAAAGUAUCUGAUGGAAACAUUCAGGAUGUGUUUGAUACGAUUGAUGCAGCUGAACGAGAUAAUGCCUGGUGUGUCGUAUGUGAUCUUCACGUAGCUUCCAUGAAUUAUUUUAGUAAACUUUAUUCUCAUGUGAUAAGAAUUGCAAGAACCCAUCAAACUCUGGGUGAAGAGAAAAAGAAAGAAUCAAAUUUCUGUAUUUGGUAUACAUCUCUCACUGAUUUCGAUCUCCCAACAGAAUUUGUUUCUAAUUCCAUCAUUUUCGCACCUGAUGCUCUUGUUAGGCUUGAUCCUAGUAAAGCAGAUAAAAAACACUUUUUGCAAUUUACCAACGUUGAUAACCUUUUAUUGGACAAUCUCAUUGAGACGUUGUCUAGUGUCCCUGACGAAUCAUGGAAUGAAAUAAGGCCCAAACAACCUCCAGUUAGACUAGCGGCUUUCGGUUUGUGUGUACUACAUUCAAUCAUUAUGAGUAGGCGCUACUUUGGUCAGCGAACUCUAACUCUCCAAUACCCUUUGAGUUCUAACGUUCUCAGUCAUGCUCUUGAGUCGCUUGCUUCCAGUGAUGGAAGGGAAGAAGGAUCACCCCCAGAAUUGGAUGAUGUUUGUAGUAGAGUAGUUGAUGGAGUAUAUGCAAAUGUGCUGUAUGAGGAUGCUCAACUAAUAAAUCACAUAGGCAGAACAAUUCUCGCACAAACUUUAGUUGAACAAAAGGAGAAAAUAAGCUUGAAUGGAGCUGAACUCCCCGUUCCAAACCCUAGCAUGGAUCCAAGUGAAUGGACUAUAUUUUUGACAGAAAAUACAAUAGAAGUAAACACUUGUCAAGCUCUUUUUAUUCAUCCGGACGUCGAACGUUCCGUAGAUGAUGCAAACGGAAGGAAAUUAUUGAAUAAAUUUGACAAAAUGGUUAAACUAAACACAACUGAGCUUGAUUUAGUUCCCGAAGAGGAAAACGUUGAUGUACUAAAGCUUAGAUCAUCUUUGGAUCUUAUUUCAGAUCGGCUUCCACUCCUGCUAGAAUUAGAAUCAACUCCGGAAAAUUUAAAGAACAUUCAAUUAUCAUUCCCCUAUCAUAGACAGAGCAUUAUCAGUAUGGCAACUUCUGAGGAUUCGGACAAUCUUCCACAAAGUCUUGCUCAUGUUCUAUUAAAAGAAUGCUUAGAUUAUAAUUCGUCAAUGAUGAUAAUUCGAGAAGAUCUGUUUACAAUUGAACGAGAAUUAGUUGGAGGAAUUGAAGGAAUGCCUAAAUACCUCCAAUCAGUUGUUCAACAAUUAGUUUAUAAUCAAGUUCCACAGAAAUGGAUUGGAAACUAUCCAUCAAAUCAUAUAAUGGAAUCAUGGCAACAUAAGCUAAAUAGAAAAUAUAACCAAUUAAGUAGUUGGUUAAAGCGAGGCAUUGUCAAGGAAGACCUCGAUGACGCUUUAUCAAAAUUAAACAAAAUUGAUUUAAGUUUGUUAAAUGACUGUCGAGCUUUUAUAUCAGCCAUGAAACUUGAGAAGGCUGUAUUGUCUAAGUGUCAAAUAGAUGAAGUUGAUGUAUGCUUCGUUCAAGAAUUAGAAGAAGAUGAUAUAGGAAUACUUGUAAACGGCCUCCAACUUCAAGGAUGUCAAUGGAAUAAUGGAAAAGUUGAAAUUUGUCAGGAAAAAGAUAUCAAUCCUCUUCCUGAAGUAUAUCUAAAAGCAACAAACGACGUAAACAAGGAAUGGAUUCGUGUACCAGUAUUCGUAAACGAAUCAAGGCAACAAAUAUCCUUUAACGCCUUUGUCAAAUCUGACGAAUCGCUGGACGCUAUUGCGGUUGGUGCGGCUGUAAUUCUUGAUGUUGGAACAUCUUUUGAAGAAAUAUCCUAUUCAAGAUCGGCUUACUGCUUUACAAAGAGUUCUAGAACAAUACAACAAGUACUAGGACCAAAGUCAGCCAAAUCCACAGCACAGCAUCCUCCAUUUAUUAAAAAUGAAAGCGAGGAUACUCAUAGAUCACAAGCUACCGAUCAAUCGAAAUCGCAACUUUCUUAUAAACCUAUAACGCCAAAAGCUUCACCUCUUCCGCUUCACCUACAAAUACAAAGGGGUAGAGCUUUAACCCCACGCUCGGGUAACGAAGAUGACGCAGAUGAGGACAGAGGAACAACUUCAUCUCCAGUUAAACCUUGGCCUAAAAAUUCGACUCCUCCAGAACAAAUGUCAGAUACUGGUGGCGACCAAGAUCAGAAAGAAGUAAGUGGGGCAGAAAAGCGGACUUCGGAGGCAGGGGAAAAAGAGACAUCAUCAGAAGAAGUAACUGAAUCGGAAGAGACUGAGUCAGAGGAAGAAAAUAAAAACUCGAAACCGGUAGAAACAGAAAAGAAAAAAGAAGAAGAGGAAGAGGAAACAGAGACAGAAUCGGAAGAGGAAGAGGAAACUGAGGAGGAAACUGAGGAGGAAACUGAAGAGGAAACUGAAAAAAAACCAACUACUGAAGAUCAGCAAACAGAGAAAAAAGAGCCAGAAGAGCAAAGUUCCAGUGAAUACGAAACAGAUUCCUCUGAGGAUAUUGAGGAAAAUAAAACAGAAGAAGAAGAGAAGAAAGAAGACGAUAAAGAGAAUGAGAAACAAUCUGAAUUGGCCACAGAAACGGAGACUGAACCUGAAGCAAAAGAACAAAAACAACCACCUGCCAAUCGAAAACUCAGUCAAGGACGUCCAAUAAAUCCUUCUCCAGAGGGUUCUACAAAAGUCCCGACCCCAACCAUAUUUAGCGAAGCGGAUGAAGAUGCAGCCCAAAAUGAAAACAAAGAUGAUAUGACAUCUGAACCAAAAUCAUCUGCAAGAGAUACUGAAAGUGAAAAAAAUCCAACAAAAGAGCAAACAACAACAUCCGAACACGGACCAGAUACUUUAGGAGGAAAUAGAGGACCACCAAGUCCAGACAAAGAACCAACAGAAGCCGAAAACCAAGAAAUGAAUACGAAAGAUGGUGCAAAGCAAAAUGAAAGUACUGAAGAACCUGAAAAACCUGAAAAAGAGUCGACAAGUUUUACAAGAAAAGCAGAUGAUAACCCCGAAGCUUUAGGUGAGACUGCUGCCCCCGAAAGCCCUACAAAGGAAUUAACAGGAGCUACAAGAAAGGAGGAUGAUAACCCCGAAACUUUAGGCGAGACUCCUGCCCCCGAAAGCCCUACAAAGGAAUUGACAGGAGCUACAAGAAAGGAGGAUGAGGACCCCGAAACUUUAGGUGAGACUCCUGCCCCCGAAAGCCCUACAAAGGAACUUACAGGAGCUACAAGAAAGGAGGAUCAUGAACCUCCCGUUUUAGGAGAAAAUCAGGGACCGCCUAGUCCAUAUCCUCAAAAAGAACCAACAGAAGAACAAAAACCCGACAACGAGCCGAAUUCAACUGAAAGAUCAGAAGAAAGGGAAGAGAGUGUAAAAGCUGAAGAAAGUGAAAGGUGAAAAGAAGUUGCCAAUUGAUAUAAUCACGUGCCAAUUGUUUGUUUUUAUUUUUGAACGAUUUUAUCUCUUAUUGCAGUGUUGAAAAAUAAAUAACUGCAAUAAUGUACAUAUUUUCAAUUAUUUUAGGUUUAACAAUAUAAAACAUUAAAUUUUAAAUGUUUUUUUUCUCUGAGUCUCUGACACAUCAAAACUAAUUAGAAAAAGGAGGAAAAGGACAGAAAUAUUAUUUUUUAUCUCUUUUAAUAUGAAAAUGCAAAUCUUUAAUAAAAUAACUAGAAAGAAUGUUUUAAAA